GCGCCAUGAGGAGCCCGCGCUGCGCCCCGCUGCUGCUCCUGCUGCUGCUGCCGCCGCUGCUGCUCUCGCCCGCCGGGGACGCCGCGGUCAUCACCGGGGCCUGUGACAAGGACCCCCAGUGUGGUGGAGGCAUGUGCUGUGCUGUUAGUAUCUGGGUUAAAAGCAUAAGGAUUUGCACACCGAUGGGCAAAGUGGGAGACAGCUGCCACCCGCUGACUCGCAAAAACCAUUUUGGAAAUGGAAGGCAGGAAAGAAGGAAGAAGAAGAGAAGAAAAAAGAAAAAGGUUCCAUUUUUUGGGCGGAGAAUGCAUCACACUUGUCCUUGUAUGCCCGGCUUAGCCUGUUUACGAACGUCAUUUAACCGGUUUAUUUGUUUAGCCCGAAAGUAAUCACUUUAGAGUAGUAACUUUAAAUGUGAACAGCCACAUGAUGUAUGUAAAGCAUAUUUACUUGUGAUUGUGCCAAACAAAUAAGAUGCCAGAAAAAAAUGCUGUUGCUUCCUCAACUUUCCAAGUCACAUUUUAUCUUUGCCUUUUAAAUGAUGAUUUUUUUUUUUUAUUGAAAGAAGAUUUUAAUUUUGGAUAGAAAUAUAAAGCGCAAGUCAUUAUGGAAGUGGUUCUCAUUUCCCAGUUUGUGUUUUGGUUUGGUUUGGCUUUCUUUAUGCCAAUAACACCCAUUUUCACAAAAAGAGGGGAAUAAGAAUUUGGUGUUUUGUGCAAGUUUUUCUUUCUUAACUCCCUCUCACCUCCUACUUUGGUCUCUGGUCUGUCACCCCUCAAAGAAUUUUCUGGCCCUCACUUUUUUCUCCCUUUCCUUCAUGGCCCCUCUAGCAUUUUAAAAGGGCUGAGAGAGACAAAAUCCUUUAGUUUGAUGGCAGAAUCACUGAUGAGAAUCAAGCUUUUGCCUGAUACUUAAACAGUGAAAGGCGUGUAGUUGAACUGAACCCUCCACACUUCUUUCACUGGAGUGGAGAAUGGGGGGGUGCUUCCAGACUCUCCCUGAACCUGUCUAUGCACGUGGACUUCCAGGUCUGCUGUUUGAUCCGUGCGAAGGAAUGGAAAGUCAAUUUAGUCCAUAUUUCUAGAUCUGUGUUUUUAAAAAAGAUUUAUUUUCCAAUAGAAUAUUACAUUUCUUUCUUUUUUAAAGUUUAUUUUUGAAACAUCUCAGUUAGAAAUGUUCCAGAAAAUGUCACUUGAAGAGGAAGUGUGACCAUUGUUAAAUCAGCAUUAAGUUGUAAUUUAAACUUUAUUUGUAAUCAGAAGGUCUUUUGUAAUGAGUUGCCUGACUUCCUGCCAUUUGUACCUGUAUCAAUAUUGCUGUGUAAAAAUUCUGUAUCAGAAUAAUGACAGUACUGUAUAUCAUUUGAUUUAUUUUAAUAUUAUAUCCUUAUUUUUGUCACAGUUGUUGUCAGUUUUUAUUAUAAGCAGAUUUCUAUACAGCCCACAUUCUAAAAUGGGGUAAAGCCUCCGAAAUUGGUAAAUUAGCACUAACAGUAUGUGCAUUUUCAUUUACAUACAGAAAAAUUCUGUUUGCAUGUGUUUUAAGACAGCACAAAAAAUAAACAAUGUGUAAAAUCACUGAGGUUUUGGAGUAUGAAGGACAAUUAUGACCUGUCAAACCAAUUGUAAUCAGGAAUGGACUCCUGGGAUUUCCCUGUAUUGAUUCAGCAAAUAGUGAUGGCGUGUUUACGUGGAUGGUUAGGCACGCCCCUGGAUGCUAAGUGUACAGUGGUGCCAAUGUAGUCUGACCUGGAAAAAACCCUCCAAGAAUUGUAAAUGAAUUCAGCAUCGCAAAUAAACAACUUACAAAAUGUGUUUAACUGACUAAACUUGACCAUGCCAACCCACUGUUUGAAAGAGAUUGUGUCCAUUUUGUAGGUAUUUACUCAGCGGGAGCUUACAAUUGCUCAUUGCAUGUAACUUUACCCCGUGGGCUGACACAUAGGCUAAAUAUAUGGG